CAGCCAUCGGUCAAGCUCGAGUCGCUCACGACGUGCGAUACGAAUCAUGAAAUGAUAAUGGUAAUGGCUACAAAUUGAGAUGGCAUUGACAUCGUGGAAAAGCUUCCGGUUCUUCGAUGUGUCGCAAGUUCGACUUCCAGAAGGUGAAGAUGUAAUAUCUCUAGAUCAAAGCGCGAUAGGUGGCAUCUCUGCAGGCAGCAAGAAUAUCAUAGUGGGCACCCCAAACGGUCAUGUCCAUCUGAUAGACCAGACUUUCAAAUCAUCAAGAUCCUGGAAGGCACAUGAUGCUGGAUCGGUGACGCAUGCCGUUCAAUUAGUCGACACACCGUAUCUUUUGACACUCGCGGAGACGCUCGAACAUGAACCAGAACUGAAAGUCUGGACCCUGGACCAAAACGAGAAGAAGACUGGACAGCCCAGAUGCUUAUGCACGUUGGUCGUUCAGAAUUGCCGGCGCAACUUUCCAGUCUCGGCAUUCGCUGUGACGAGCGAUCUGGCGCAAUUAGCCGUGGGAUUCGCUAACGGAACGGUCACUGUUGUGCGUGGUGACUUCAUUCACGAUCGAGGAACCAAGCAGCGGACUGUCUUUGAAUCUGAUGAGCCAAUCACUGGACUAGAGUUCCGAGAAGCCAACACUACCUCUCUGUACAUCGCGACGACUUCACGGCUGCUAGCUCUUUCGAUAUCAGGGAAGGCCCAAGGUACACCAGCGCGCACGUUGGACGAACAUGGUUGUGCAGUUGGGUGCAUGACCCAAGAUCCGCAAUCAAACGAAAUCGUCGUCGCGCGUACCGACGCUAUUUACACCUACGGGUUGCGAGGGAAGACCGCUUCUUUCGCCAAAGAGGGUGUCAAGAACAUUGUCGGAGUUUGCAAAGAUUACAUUGUGAUCGCGUCGCCUCCCGAGAGCAACUCUGUUCCUGCGACCUCUCUCCGAGCAUUCGGUGGCAUCAAAGCAGACCAAAUCUUCAGAUCAAGCAGUUUCACUGUGCUUCACACCGAAUUGAAGUUUAUCGCGCAUACCGAACAGGUGCCGAGUCAGAUUCACAAAGUCUUCAGCAUUUGGGGCGACAUCUUCCUCCUGACGGUAAAUGGAAAGCUCUAUCGUUACCAUGAGAAGACUUUUCAGCAAAAGCUGGAGAUUCUCUAUGGGAGAAAUGAGUACGUUCUAGCCAUCAUGAUGGCCCAGCGGUACAAGAUUGAUGCCGCUCAUCAGAAUAAUAUCUUCCGCAAAUACGGCGAUUAUCUCUACCAGCGUGGUGAUUAUGAUACUGCCAUGCAGCAAUAUCUCAGCGCAAUCGACAAUACCGAACCUUCACAGAUCAUUCGCAAAUUUCUGGAUCACCAGCGAAUACGAAAUCUCAUUGAGUACUUGGAGGAGUUGCACGAACAUCACAAAGCGACGUCCGAUCAUACAACACUACUCUUGAAUUGCUAUGCCAAACUCAAAGACAUUGACAAGCUUGAGGACUUCAUCAAGCAACCUGGCGAGCUUAAAUUCGAUCUCGACACGGCGAUUCUGAUGUGUCGGCAGGGCGGGUACUACGAUCAAGCUGCCUUCCUCGCACGCCGGCACAAUGAGCAUGGUCUUGUCGUUGACAUUCUCAUCGAGGAUCUCAAGAAGUACGCCGAAGCUCUCGCGUAUAUUGUGCGUUUGGAACCACUAGACACUUAUCCCAAUAUCUCGAGAUAUGGGACAGUUCUCCUCGAGCAUUGUCCUUCCGAAACAACGCAGCUCUUCAUCGACUACUUCACUGGGAAUUACACGCCCAAGAAAGAUGCAGUCAUUGUGAAGGACGUGCCAGUGGAGCAGCAAGCUGCCGGGUUCGGGUCCAUAGCUACAUCAGCAGCACAGAGUCUUGCUGCAUUGAUACCAUUGCCCUACAUGAGCACUGCAUCCAUGCUGCGACCACGCAGUAGUCAGCAGAACAAGGCGACGCAAAUGGAGGUCGUGGAGAGUGCGUCCCUCGGCGAAUUCAUCGAGUAUACUGUCCCAAAACCCCGCACAGCUUUUUCGGCCUUCGUUGAUCAUCCAGGCCAAUUUAUAGUUUUCCUCGAAGCAUGCAUUGCCAGUGAUGGACUCAAGGCUGAGAACCGGACAGACCUUCACACGACCUUGUUCGAGAUCUAUCUUCACAAGGCGGGCUCGAGUGAAAGAGAAGAGAAGACCGAAUGGGAAAGAAAAGCCAAAAAGCUUAUCGAAGACAAGAAUGUCGCGAUUGAUACGUCAAACGUACUUCUGUUAUCGGAUCUAGAGAAGUUUCGCGAUGGCACUGUUCUUGUGAGCGAGAAGCAUGGCCUCCAUUUCGACAUUUUCCGUUCAUAUACGGCCGCAAAGGACACUGCAGGUGCGAUCAAAGCUUUGCGGAAGUACGGCCCAGAGGAGCCACAGCUCUACCCUGCAGCAUUGGCCUAUUUCACCAGCUCGCCCCAGAUCCUCCAGGAAGCUGGUGGCGAGAUUGACGCCGUGCUACAGCGGAUCGAUGAGGACGGUCUCAUGGCACCUCUUCAAGUGAUUCAAACUCUUUCUCUGAAUUCUGUGGCUACAAUGGGUCUAGUCAAGCGCUACCUCUCACAAACUGUAUCGCGUGAACGCGCGGAGAUCGCGUCUAACCGGCGCAUGAUCUCCGAGUAUCGUGCCGACACCACUCAGAAACAAAAGGACAGCGAGGAACUCAACACAAAGCCGGUGUCGUUCACGGCCACCAGAUGUUCGACGUGUGGCAUGACGCUUGAACUGCCGACGGUGCAUUUCCUUUGCAAGCAUAGUUUCCACCAACGUUGUCUAAACAUUCCCGAGGGUUGGGACGUCGGCAACGCUCCCGAGAUCGAAUGUCCGCUGUGUGCGCCGCAGAAUCGCAUCGUACGCCAGACCCAUGAGGCUCAGGUUGAGAGUGCGGACAGACACGAGCUGUUCUUGGAAAGCUUGAAGCAGAGCGAACGCGAUCGCUUUGGAGUCUUGGGAGAGUGGUUUGGUCGUGGCGUCAUGAGUGCCGGCGGGGUGCAGAAUCGAGGUGUCUAAUGGCGGCAUCUCUAAGCAAAGAGACUUGUCCCUGCAUUUAGUUGUAAAUCUCGCUCCCGCGUAAUUAUACGUUCUAGUCCUAUGGCUUCGUGUAUCGAAGAAUUGAUUAUCAAACGCCGCGAAGUGAUAACAAAUCUUGAUUCGAGGCUUUAACUAGACAGUGCAUUGUGGUGAACAAGCACCGUGAUUUAUCUGGGUCGAAUACAAG